UCAUGGAGGGCCUUUUCUACAAUGUCAAAUACGGCUACAUCGAGGGCAUCGUGCGCGGCUAUCGCAAUGCCCUCCUCACCAGCCAGAACUACAACAACCUGACGCAGUGCGAGACCAUCGAUGAUGUCAAGCUGCAGCUCUCCCCCGCUUACGGCGAUUUCCUCGCGGCGCUCCCGCCUAACCCAUCGACAUCUGCGCUGGCCGGCAAGACGACGGAGAAGCUCGUGGCCGAGUUCCGCUAUCUCCAGGCGAAUGCGACGGGCUCGCUCUCCAAGUUCAUGGAGUACCUAACCUACGGAUACAUGAUCGACAACGUUGCGCUGCUGAUAACGGGCACCCUCCACGAGCGAGAUACCCGCGAGCUGCUCGAGAGAUGCCACCCACUUGGCUGGUUCGAGACGAUGCCCGUGCUCUGCGUGGCGACCAACAUCGAGGAGCUGUACAAUUCUGUCUUGAUCGAGACGCCGCUUGCGCCCUACUUCAAAGGAUCCCUCAGCCACCAGGAUCUGGACGAGCUGAACAUCGAGAUCAUCAGAAACACCCUCUACAAGAACUACCUCGAAGACUUCUACAACUGGGUCAACUCAACACCAGAGGUAGCUGGCACGCCCACGGCGGAAGUCAUGUCUGAGGUUUUGGAGUUCGAGGCAGACCGCAGGAGCAUCAACAUCACGCUCAACUCGUUCGGCACGGAGCUGUCCAAGGCAGAUCGGAAGAAGCUUUACCCCAACUUCGGCCGGCUCCAUCCAGAGGGUACGUUGAUGCUGUCAAGGGCAGACGACGUCGAGGGUGUCCGCAUCGCCGUCGAGAGCGUCGCCGACUACAAGACCUUCUUCGACCAAACCGGUCUCAGCGGUGGUGGUGGCGGCGGCCUUGGUAACAUGGCGGGCGGCGUAGGAGGAGAGACUCGCAGUCUGGAAGACUUGUUCUACCAGAAAGAGAUGGAGAUUUCGAAGUUGGCAUUUACCAGGCAAUUCACGCAUGCCGUUGUUUAUGCCUGGGUCAAGCUACGAGAACAGGAAAUCCGCAACAUCACCUGGAUAGCCGAGUGUAUCGCGCAGAACCAGAAAGAGCGGAUCGGCAACUACAUUUCUGUAUUUUGAGGUGACACUAUGUAAUGUUCUAUGUACUUUCUAUGCAUGGGCUCUCUCCGGCUGGCGUAGAUGGUGGUCUGUAUAUCAGAAUUUUGGUCUUCUACCUGUCCAUUUCUCAUCCAUUGGUCUCCAUCUCUUGAAAGUCUUCGCAUUCUGUCUCCCUCGAAAGCCUGGAUGAACGACCUGAAGGACUUGCCUCCAGAACGUACAUCCAAACAUGCCCCUCUAACAGACCACAACUCAAUCCUAUCUACUCCGCUUUGGUAUGGAAUAAUCGCUCGUGG